CUAAUUAGUUCUAACAUCGAUCUGAGAAACCUUUGAGCCUACAAAGAUGGAUAUUUCCUUACAAGUGGGAAUCUCCUACUUCUUCUUGCUUCUUGUUUUCAUCGUAGUAGGGCAUGGAGAAGGCCAAAAUGAGUGUUCUGAAUUACAGUGUGGACCCCGCGGCCCAGCCGUCCGAUUUCCUUUCAGUCUCAAAAACAGGCAGCAAGAUCACUGUGGCUUUCCUGGGUUUAAUCUUUCCUGCACUGAGACAAAUGAUACAGAGCUCGAGCUGCCCGAUUCAGUAAAGCUCUUUGUUAAAAUGAUUGACUACAAAUCUCAGGUAAUUCAUUUAUAUGACCCAGAUGAUUGCUUCCCAAGACAGCUUCAGCGAUUCAAUUUAUCUGCCUCGCCUUUUGAUUUCAAACGAGACUACAUGUAUUUGGAUGAAAUUCAUGGCUAUUCCUUAUUCAAUUGUUCCCAAGCAAAAGCAACCAACGACAGUAGAUCCCACCGGAUCUCCUGUCUUAGUGGCGCUGGCAACCAAUUUUAUGCCAUAUAUACAUAUGAUGACAUCAGCUUCUUGCCCAUGUCAUCUUGUAGGAAGAUGUACGAUGUUCGAUUCAUUCUACGUAAUAUAAUUUUCGGAGAUGAAAAAGUUUUAGAAUUGAAGUGGAACAGUCCAGCAUGCGAACACUGCGAAGGGGAAGGGAAGAAUUGUAGAAUGAAGAACAUGGGCAAUGGCUCAGAAACAGAGUGCUUCCCUAGACAACCUAAACACACCAUAGGUGAAUCAAAAAAAUUUGUGGCUAUUGGUGUUUCCGUAGGUUCAUUUCUAUUAGUACUAGCGGUCUUUGCAGUCUACUAUAUCUAUAGAUAUGAUAAAGUAGAAAAGGCAAACCAAGCAAAUAUCCAAAAGUUUUUGGACGAUUACAGAAAUUUUAAGCCCACAAGGUAUUUGUAUGCUGAUAUUGAAAGGAUUACAAGUCAAUUUACUGAUAAGCUAGGUGAAGGAGCUUAUGGAACGGUGUUCAAAGGAAAGCUUUCCAAUGAAAUCUAUGUUGCGGUGAAGAUCUUAAACAUGCCCAAGAAAAAUGGGGAAGAAUUCAUCAAUGAAGUUGGAACAAUGGGUAGGAUCCACCAUGUUAAUGUGGUUCGCUUGGUUGGGUUUUGUGCUGAUGGAUUUAAACGAGCUCUAGUUUACGAGUUCUUACCAAAUGGAUCAUUGGACAAGUUCAUAUCUUCAACAAACACCAAGAACAAUUUUCUUGGUUGGGAUAAGUUGCAAGAAAUAGCAAUUGGCAUAGCGAAUGGAAUUGAAUAUCUUCACCAAGGAUGCGACCAACGGAUCGUCCAUUUUGAUAUAAAACCUCAUAAUAUUUUGCUAGACCAAAACUUCAAUCCAAAAAUUUCUGAUUUCGGUCAUGCCAAAUUGUGUUCUAAGGAUCAAAGUGUAGUGUCCAUGACAACAGCAAGGGGGACCAUGGGUUAUAUUGCACCCGAAGUGUUCUCUAGAAACUUCGGAAAUGUGUCUUAUAAAGCAGAUGUUUAUAGUUUUGGAAUGUUGUUGCUUGAAAUAAUUGGAGGGAGGAAAAAUGUUGACGUUGAGGAGAACACUAGCGAAGUCUACUUUCCAGAAUGGAUUUACAAUCUCAUGGAACAAAAAGAAGACCUACAAGUCUUCAUUGAGAGUGAUAGAGAUGCAAUAAUUGCAAAGAAACUUGCAAUUGUUGGACUUUGGUGUAUUCAGUGGCAUCCAGGGGAUCGUCCUUCCAUGAAAGGUGCAAUUCAAAUGUUAGAAGAAAUAGAUAAUUUAACCAUGCCUCCUAAUCCUUUUGUCUCCACAAGCUCUUAGAGCAUCAAUGCAGGGACGCCUGCAAUGCAUUUAAGCUAAGUGUUAGAAGUCAUCUCAAAAUCAGAGUAAAUGUAUAUGAAUAAACUUUUUUGUUUUCACACCAAAAGUGAUUAAGGGGUUGGCAAAUCAUCUCCUCGAUCAUCCUUAUGAGGGUGCUUGGCUAACACCUCUUUUUCCUUAAUUUUCUUUGUUAUAUUUAUUUGUUCUUUUUAUAAAUGCUAAUGUUGAAUAUUUCAAGUUAAAAAUUA